AUGUAUUUAUGGACUGAUCAUGGUCAGGUUGGCAAAGAACCCACAUUGCCAUGCCAAGCUCAUUGUCAGGUUGGCGAAGAACUGACCUCAACUCACCAAGCUCAUUAUCAAGUCAGUGAGGAGCCCACCUCACCAUGCCAAGCUCAUUGUCAGGUUAGCAAUGAGCCAAUCUUAACUCGCCAAGCUCAUGGUCAAGUUGGUGAAAAGCCUACCUCACCAUACCAAGCUCAUGGUCAAGUUGGCAAAGAACCCACCUCGCCAUGCCAAGCUCAUUGUCAGGUUGGCGAAGAACUGACCUCAACUCACCAAGCUCAUGAUCAAGUCGGUGAAGAGCCCACCUCGCCAUGCCAAGCUCAUUGUCAGGUUGGCAAGGAGCCGAUCUUAACUCGCUAA